GAUGAAGAAAAGUGAACGCACCGCCUGUGAUACUCCGGACUCUCGGGGCCAAAGCCACCCUGAUCCCGAUACUUCAGACCCCAAAUACAACUUCAGGAUUGGAAUAUAUGGCUGGAGGAAGAAAUGCCUUUACAUUCUCAUUCUAGUUCUGCUUAUAAUGGUUAUAGUGAAUUUAGCCUUGACGUUGUGGGUACUCAAAGUGAUGGAGUUCUCUUCGGAGGGCAUGGGGCAGCUGAAAAUAGUUCCUGGAGGACUGAAAUUGGAAGGAAAAGCAUUCAUCUUGGAUAGUUUAAUAGCUAGUAGUAUCAAAUCAAGACUUCACCAACCAAUAAUAUUCGAAUCGUCAGAGAACCUGAGUCUUAGGGCAAGGCAUCGAAAUGGAGAUUUGAGUAGUUGGAUGGUAUUAGGAAAUGAUAAAUUAGAGUGUUCCACCAAUAACUUCAGGAUACUGGAUGACAGAGGAACAUUAUUAUUUUCUGUUAAUAAUAGUGAAGUAACUGUGGGUUCUGAGAAUCUGCGAGUAACUGGAGAAGGUGGAACUAGCUUCAGUGGUUCAGUACAGUCGACCAUAGUCCGUGCUAAAUCCGGACAUGAAUUAAGGUUGGAAUCUCCAACCAGGACUCUGGAAAUAAGGGCAGCGAGAGCUCUCAAUAUGGAAUCGCGGGGUGGCAAAAUAGAAACGAUGGCCCUAAGCGACAUCACCUUCCACUCUGAAGUCGGAGCUAUAAAGCUCGAAACGAGCUCAAUCGUUAUGCCGCGUCUGCCCACAGCGAAAGUUUCGUCAAGUUCUUCCGCUAACAGUAAGCAUGAUAUUUACCAAUUGUGCGUUUGUGAAAGUGGAAAACUCUUCCUCGCUUCCCCCCACGUAGUUUGUGCUUCGGAAAAUGACGAUAGGCUGUGCCGAUAGAGCUUCAGUUGUUUAGUGGCUACCGUUGUUUAUUCAUUGUCGAACCAGACAUUCUCUAGUGAGUGUCGAGGACUAAUAGAAUCAAUCCAUCGUAGCCGAAUGAUUUCCGAUAAUAAAUAAUCGCGUCAAGCAACAUGUGAAUGUGUUUUUGUGAAUAGUUUUGUAUUUAUUUCGGAGCUGAAAUAUAUUUUGAUCAUUAAAAUUUUUAUGGA